AUGGGCAAAAGAAAGCGCGGCCAUCCCGACGUCGAGGAAAUCCUCUCCCGACCGUGGUGCUACUACUGCGAGCGUGAUUUCGAAGAUCUGAAGCUCCUGAUCUCUCACCAAAAGGCCAAACAUUUCAAAUGCGACCGAUGUGGCAGGCGAUUGAACACCGCGGGAGGUCUUUCCGUCCAUUUGAACCAGGUGCACAAGGAGACGCUCAGCCAAGUCGAGAAUGCACUUCCCAACAGGCAGGGACUCGAGGUCGAGAUUUUUGGCAUGGAGGGUAUUCCACAAGAGGUUCUCGAGCAGCACCGAAACAGAAUCAUUCAGAACUUUUACCAGGCGCAAGAAGAUCGCAGAAUCGCGACUGGAAAUCCGCCGCCCGGCCAAUCCAAGAACCCGAGAAAGAAGAUCAAGAUUGAGACGGCAGAAGAACUGCUCAAGAGAUUUGCCGAGUACCGAGCUCAGCGGAAAGCGGGAGCAGCAAACGGUGGCGUUAUGGAGGGUGUCGUACAGACAGGCGCUUCGUUUCCUCAACAGGGAUUCAACCAGCCUAGUUUCCCUGGACAGCAGCCACAUGCUCCCUACAACUUUUCCUCAGAUUCUCUCCCUGCGCGGCCUUCAGCAAAUGUGGUCGGCGCGCCGGGUCUGCCCCAGCGACCCACACAACCCGGCUUCUGGAACGCCUCAGCUCAAGGGGCUGCUGCUUCUGGCGAUGAGAUUGAUCAGCUGAUUCGUAUGGCCGAAGCUGGCGUGAAGCCGCAGAGGAAGGAAGACGGCGAGGAGGCAGGCGAGGGCAAGAGCAAGAAGGAAAAGAAGGGUCGGAUGAUUUACGACGAUGCCGAGUUCAGUCCCGAGGAGAAGAUGGCGGCUUUACCACGCUACGCCUAUACACCGCCGGCCUCUGCGCACCGACGGCCAAUUGAGAUCUGGAACACCUUCAAGCCGAAUACUUUACAUGCAGCGGAAUACCUACAUCGACGCUACGCUCGCUGGAACAGAGGCCAGCGUUGGACACAGCAAAUGGAUAUCAUGGCCGACGACUCAGACGCUGGACAGUCGUCCAUCACAGUGGCCGUCCGAGUGCGGCCCUUUACCAUCCGAGAAGCAGCUCAACUGCAGCGAAACGACGAUGGCACCAUCUUCCUGGGCGACGGCUCUUUUGCUUCGGCACCGACGCCAAAGCUUCACCAGCGAGGCAUCAGAAACGUCAUCAAGGUUAUUGAUGAACGCUGCCUAAUAUUCGAUCCCCCAGAAGACAGCCCCGUCCAGAAAUUCUCCCGAACCGUCAUCCCGACCACGAAAAAAGUGAAAGAUCAAGUGUUUGCCUUUGAUCGAGUCUUUGAUGACAUGACGACGCAGGCCGAGGUCUACGAGGGAACCACACGAGCCUUGCUCGACAGCGUGCUGGAUGGAUACAAUGCAACCGUCUUUGCCUACGGCGCCACGGGCUGCGGCAAAACGCAUACAAUUACCGGCACGGCGCAGCAUCCUGGCAUAAUCUUCUUGACAAUGCAGGAAUUGUUUGAGAAGAUUGACGAGCGCAGCCAGGAGAAGCAGACCGAGCUGACUCUGAGCUACCUGGAGAUUUACAACGAGACGAUUCGCGAUUUGCUCGUGCCCGGCGGGAGUAAGGUGGGCUUGGCUCUUCGUGAGGACAGCAACCAGGCGGUCGUCGUGCCCGGAUUGACCAGCCACCGCCCUCGAGAUGUCCAGGAAGUCAUGGAUAUGAUUAUCCAGGGAAACGAGUACCGAACUGUAUCACCAACCGCAGCAAACGCAACGUCCUCGCGAUCGCACGCCGUGCUACAGAUCAACAUUGCGCAAAAAGACAGGAAUGCUGAUGUCAACGAGCCUCACACAAUGGCGACCCUGAGCAUCAUCGAUUUAGCCGGCUCUGAGCGUGCUUCGGUCACCAAAAACCGCGGUGAGCGCCUUACAGAGGGCGCCAACAUCAACAAAUCGCUUCUUGCCCUUGGAGGCUGCAUCAACGCUCUCUGUGACAAGGCAGGAAAGGCGCACGUCCCAUACCGCAACAGCAAGCUCACACGACUCCUCAAAUUCUCCUUGGGCGGUAACUGCAAGACCGUCAUGAUUGUCUGUGUCUCGCCAUCAAGCGCCCACUACGAUGAAACCCAAAAUACCCUGCGAUAUGCGAACCGGGCCAAGAAUAUCCAAACAAAGGUCACUCGCAAUGUUUUCAAUGUCAACCGCCACGUGAAAGACUUCCUGAUCAAGAUUGACGAGCAAAUGGCCCUGAUUAAUGAACUGAGAUCACAGCAGAGAGAUUCUGAGAAAGUGAAUUUCGCCAAAUUCCGAAAACAGUACGAAAAACGAGAUGCCAUUGCAAAAGAGGCCACUCUGAGACUUCGAGCUGCAUAUGACAAUGCAGGUGCAGAGCGUCAGGAGUGCAUUGUCACCAUGAGAAAAAUGAAACACUUUGAGAGGCGCAUUAGCCUGCUGUCUGCGUGGAUUGCGGCCUUUGAGACUGUUGCCAGCCGGAAAGAAGGCGAAGGGGAAAUGCUGCAAGGACUUCAAGCUAUACGAAGGACUGCCGAUGGAGUCUUACUCGAGCUGGAAAACAGCAGAUAUCAUUGCCAUCAAAGGCUAGAAAAGUCGACAUGGGAACGCCACCUCGAUACAGCCUUGGCUCAUGGCGUCAAUCAGCUGGAACAGGCUGAAGGCGCCGACACCGGCGAAAUCGACUCCUUGACGCGCGAAGCUGAGCUUCUAAAAGCCAACUCUAGUCGCGAAGCCUACCAGGAGGUUUUGGAACAAGAAAAGGCGGGAGAUGCCGCGAUGAUGCAAGUCCUUCUCACAGCCCAGUUCGAAAUGAUGUCUUCCCUUUCUUCGGUCAUGUCAAUGGACGAAGAGAGUGCUGUGGAACAUGCCAAGGACGUCAUUUCUCGCCUACUCCAAGAUGGACUCACGGCUGCCUCCCAGGUAGUCAAACCCGACGGCACCUUGCCUGUUGUACCGGAUGCUCUUCCGCCGAGAAGAACCCUGAGGAAGAGGAAGUCUUUGUCUGCCUAUAGGCCUGUUGCACCCCCGGCUAUUGUGGCCGUGCAAAACGAGCACGUGUUUGCAACUCCCAUGAAGUCAACGCCGAGGCGGCGUAAGGCCCUCGGCAUGCCGAAGAAGGGAGUCAGCUUCACACCCGUCAAACGAGCUACCAAGAGUCGAGGGGUCCGUUGGAGGGACGACGAGACGGAAGAUGGAACGCUGGAAGACUUUGAGAAGACGCCGCAGAAGCUAUUCAGCUCCUCCCCUCCCGCACAGCCGUCGCCAGCUGUUAAGAGCAAGAUUCCCUCUCCGCCGUCUCAGUCCAACAGCAUGACUAAGGAUGAUGCUUCGAAAGACGACACGAUGAGUCCCGACUCCGACACGCCGAGUCUAUCGAUUGCCAAACCCGGUAGAUUCCAAGCCGGAUUCCUUUCCAGAGGCAAGCGACUGUCGGCUGAAGGUAGCGGGCUGCCCGUCUCAUCGUCUCCUCCGUCUUUAAGCAUGCAUUUGCGCUCUUCAAGCUCUCCCGCAAGCUCUCCUGACGUAGAGAGAACACCCCCUCUGAGAUCUCUCGAAGUCCCCAAGCAAGAGAACGGGUCGCCGCUAUCCUAUAGUAAGGUGCCACGACUCGGUCCUCAAUACCACCCCUUGCGAGCGGUCAUGGACGAGAAUAACCCCCCAAACGCUUCUGGCUCCGACUCAGAAUCGGGCACGAUUGAUAUGCGCAAACUUCGCAGCGCCAUUGCUUUAAAGAAGCCUCGAAGGACCGCCCUUAUGGCCCCAACUUCGGUCCCUGCCGCCAGGCGGGUAUCGAUUGGCUCUGCUUCCGGCGACAAGCCAGCGCCGCGACCUGUCAUACCAGUGUUGUCCAGUGCUACAAACGGCAUCUCGCGCCAUCGAAGAGGGAGCCUGGAGCUCCGAAAGAGCCCGCCGCUGAUGUACGCACCAUCAGAGGUAAUAUCAGAGAACCUCACUGCGGGCCAAGCAAGACGGAUGAACAUGGGGGGCAACAUGCGACUUGAAAACCUGGGCGCGGCCCAGCGUGAUAAGCCCGGCCUGGAAGCGCCUCGCCGCGUUACAUAUAGUGUUGGAGCGAACGCUGCCGCCGGCACUGGAGGUGUAUCUUCACACCGAAGGCUCGAUAGCCGAGGAGGUAUGCCGGUUAGGUAA